UGUGGGGGAAGGCUGGCCCUCAGUGCUCCCAUUGGCCAAAAGUUUGUAGAGGGCGGGCCUCGCUCACUCUCAUUGGUCAGUUGCUCGCUGUGGUCCCAUCCCUCAUGCUUCCAUUGCUUGAUUCAUCGAAAAGGGCGGGGACUCUGGGCAGCGGUUGUGGAGUGCCGCGGGUCCACAGUGCUGCACUGAGCAGAGAGGAAGGGGCGUCCCGGGAUAUUUGGAGGAUAAAGGUGUGGGCAAGGGUGAUGACCACACCUGCCGGCUCCGGCAGGGGCUUCGGCUCCGUGUCCUGGUGGGGCCUGUCCCCGGCGCUGGACCUGCAGGCUGAAAGUCCUCCUGUGGACCCAGACUCCCAGGCCGAUACAGUGCACAGCACCCCCGAGCUAGAUGUGCUGCUUCUGGGCUCUGUGGAUGGACGGCACCUGCUGCGGACCCUGUCCCGAGCGAAGCUCUGGCCUCGCAGGAGGUUCAACUUCUUUGUGCUGGAGAAUAAUCUGGAAGCUGUGGCCCGACACAUGCUGAUCUUCAGCCUAGCCCUGGAGGAACCGGAGAAGAUGGGGCUGCAAGAGCGGAGCGAGACCUUCCUGGAAGUGUGGGGGAAUGCGCUGCUGCGCCCGCCAGUGGCCGCCUUCGUGCGUGCCCAGGCCGACCUGCUGGCGCACCUGGUCCCCGAGCCCGACCGCCUGGAGGAACAGCUGCCCUGGCUCAGCCUCCGCGCCCUCAAGUUCCGCGAGCGGGAUGCCCUGGAGGCCGUGUUCCGCUUCUGGACUGGCGGCGAGAAAGGGCCCGAGGCCUUCCCCAUGAGCCGCCUCUGGGACUCGCGGCUGCGCCACUACCUGGGCUCCCGCUACGACGCCCGGCGCGGUGUCAGCGACUGGGACCUGCGCAUGAAGCUGCAUGACCGCGGGGCCCAAGUCAUUCACCCCCAGGAGUUCCGACGCUGGCGGGACACAGGCGUCGCCUUUGAACUCAGGGACUCCAGCGCCUAUCAUGUGCCCAACCGGACCCUGGCGUCCGGUCGCCUCCUGAGCUACCGUGGGGAGCGCGUGGCAGCGCGCGGGUACUGGGGGGACAUCGCCACGGGGCCCUUCGUGGCCUUCGGCAUCGAAGCGGACGACGAGAGCCUCCUGCGGACCAGCAACGGCCAGCCAGUCAAGACGGCCGGGGAGAUCACUCAACACAACGUGACGGAGCUGCUCCGCGAGGUGGCCGCCUGGGGGCGCGCGAGAGCCACCGGGGGGGACCCGGAGGAGCAGCAGCACGCGGAGGGAAGCCCGGAGCCAGGGACUCCAGCAGCCCCCACCCCGGAAUCUUUCACCAUCCACUUCCUGCCGCUCAAUUCUGCUCAGACUCUCCACCACAAGAGCUGCUACAACGGCCGAUUCCAGCUCCUCUAUGUGGCCUGUGGGACCCAGACUCCAGUUUUGCCGCCCCUCCUCCCUCAUUGUCUGGGAUCCCAGAGCCCCAUCCUCCCUCCGGAUUUGGAGCUGAAUCUCAGCCUGUCCUCUGUCCUCUCUGCAGUAUGGUCCAUCUUCUCAUCCCUGAGCUUGGGGCCUGUGUGGCACCCGGAGGGAACUUGAUUGUGGAAUUAGCCCGGUACCUGGUGGACGUGCGGCAGGAGCAGCUGCAGGGAUUCCACACCCGGGUCAGGGAGCUAGCUCAGGCAGCUGGAUUUGCUCCACAGACCGGGGCCAGGCCUUCAGAGACCUUCGCACGUUUCUGCAAGUCCCAGGAAUCAGCUCUAGGCAACACUGUCCCAGCUGUGGAACCCGGAACUCCGCCCCUUGACGUCCUGGCCCAGCCUCUUGAAGCCAGCAGCCCAGCCCUCGAGGGCCUGACCCAGCCUCUGCAGGGCGGGAACCCACACUGUGAGCCCUGCCAGCUGCCCUCUGAGUCUCCAGGUUCACUCUCAGAGGUUCUGGCUCAGCCUCAGGGGGCCUUGGCUCCGCCCAACUGUGAGUCAGACUCCAAAACUGGAGUCUGACCCAACCCCUAGACACCCCUUAUCUCCAACUUCCAAAGUCAGGUUGUAGGAUGAGAACCCGCUGAUACCAUUCUAAGUCCGCUGCUAGAGUCCUCAAUUUUAUUCUAAUCAUUCCCACUCAGUACCCGCCACCCCCACCCCGGGAGUGUUGGUAGACUUUCAAAUUCCAUUUCUGAGAUUCUAUGGUCUAUUCCUAGAAUUCUAGAUUGUUCUCUCAGAAUUCCAAAUUCCACUUCUGAGGCUCUAAGCCCAGCCUAGGAUCUGACACUGAGUCUCAGGCCCUUGACUUUGGCCCCCUUGUUCCCAGGCACCCUGUGGCUGACUGGGGGCUGGGGUGUCUCCUCACCAGGGCCUGGUCAGCACCCAGAUGGUUCAAGUAAAGCAAGUUGUGUCCACC